AUGAAUAUUCUCCAGUCAACCAUAUCGACCUGGCGAGACCGCCUCGCCCCGGUCUCACGAACCUCCACCUUUCGUACAUCCGGGCAGAUCACACCCGAAGAGUUCGUCCUCGCCGGCGACUACCUCGUCUACAAGUUCCCGUCUUGGUCAUGGGCAGACGCCUCAUCACCAUCAAAGCGAGUCUCGUACCUCCCCGCUGGAAAGCAGUUCUUGGUGACGCGCGGGGUACCUUGUCACCGACGGUUGAACGAUAACUUUGCGGGUGAUGCGAAUUUCGACGAUGAGAUCGUCCGGGAUUAUCUAUCUGGUGGAGCAGGGGAUACAGAAGGCGGUGAUGAUGAUGGCUGGCUGCGGACAGGUGGUGGCGGAGAGCGCCAUGAGAGUACGAUCCGAGAUGUGAGGACGGUGGAUGAAUCGGGGAAGGAAGAGGCGGCGGAGGAGGAGGAGGAGAUCCCGGAUAUGGAAGAUGAUGAUGACGAGGAGGCUAUCAUCCGUGAGCCUGUAGGAAAGUCGAGUACGACGCAGCCGACUCGGACAUACAACCUCUACAUCACGUACGCCAACUUCUACCGGACUCCUCGUCUCUAUCUCUCAGGAUACCUUUCCGCCUCUGAACCGCUUCCCCCACAACUCAUGAUGGAGGACAUAGUCGGCGACUACAAGGACAAAACCGUGACUCUUGAGGACUUCCCUUGGUUCGACGGAAAUAUGAAGAUGGCAAGCGUGCACCCCUGCCGCCACGCCUCAGUUAUGAAGACACUAUUAGACCGUGCCGAUGCAGCUUUGAAACUUCGGCUUGAAAAGCUCAAGCAAGCGGCCGAGUCCUCUUCACCACAGGAGAAGGCCAAGCUCGCUCAGCCAGAGCGCGGGCUGGAAGGUCUUGUUGACGACAUCAAGGGACUUUCGCUGGCCGACGCCCAGAAGCAGGGCGACAAGACCGCACAGGUGGGUGGAGACGAAUGGGAAGUUUUGCAGCAUGAUGAGGAGGACCAAAUUGCGAUUCGCGUUGAUCAAUACCUGGUCGUAUUCUUGAAGUUCAUUGCGAGUGUGACACCGGGUAUCGAGCAUGAUUUCACCAUGGGAGUCUAG